AUGUAUGAUUCAAUUUCAGACUUCUGUGCCACUUGCCAUAAACAUGCCACCUGCCAGCAAAGUGGAGAGAAAAAGUUCUGUCUUUGCAACUACGGAUUUAUGGGCAACGGGAGGACCCACUGUGUGGAUAAAAACGAGUGCCUGUUUGGAGACAGUGUGAUCUGUGGGAACCACACGACUUGCCACAACAUACCUGGAGGCUUCUAUUGCGUUUGUCUCGAAGGCUAUCGAGCCACAAACAACAAUAAGACGUUCAUUCCCAAUGAUGGCACCUUUUGUACAGAAAUAGACUGUGGCACUCCUCCUGAGGUCCCACAUGGCUAUAUCAUAGGAAAUUAUACAUCCAGGCUGGGCAGCCAGGUGCAUUAUGUUUGCAAAGAAGGAUUUUUCAGUCAUCCGGAAGCUGCCAUUUCAACCUGCACAGCGUUGGGCACCUGGGAGUCUCCAAGAUUAUAUUGCCAAGAGAUCAACUGUGGCCGCCCUCCGGCAGUGCCACACGCAGUCCUGGAGAGGAAGACGGGCUCAGGCCUGGGCAGCGUGGCUCACUACGCGUGUCAGGAGGGCUUCGAGAGCCCUGGCGGGGAGGUCACCUCCGUGUGCACAGAGAAGGGCAUCUGGACAGAGAGUGCUUGGACCUGCACAGAAAUAAUACUGGAAAUUAGUGAUGCAUCAGUGUUUAAUAGCACCUGUGUGAGGUGGAAAAUAACCCCAGGCAGAAUGCAUGCCCAGAUUGCAUAUACAUUGUCAGAGUUUCAGCUGGGCUUAGCCAUGACCAUGAUUUGUGAAGGUGGUGGAACCUUUCAAUAUGUUCUCUCUUAUCUUUCAGAAAAUGAUAUCUUAGAAGAUGAUGGCGUUUUCAAUAUUUCAAUAUUUAAUGACACGUGUUUGAAAUUGAAGAGCCAUUCUAGGAAAGUUGGAUCAGAACAAAUGUACCAAUUUAAAGUUCUGGGUCAAAGGUGGUAUCUGAACAAUGCUUAUCAUGCAACAUCAUUUAACUUCACUACAAGAGAAGAAAUGUCGGCAGUGUGCUUGGAUCUGUCCCCAGCAAUGGAUUACACCGUGAAUAUCACCCUGCUGACAUCCCCCUGGCGACACUCAGUGCAAAUCAGGACAAGCACCCCACCAGGCGGGAAAUUGGAAAUCACCAGAAUUGAAAUGGAGUACGUGAAGGUCACUAUCCUAGGCACUCAAGAGCUGAAAUGGACUGGUAAUAGACUGUUCCACAUUCAGGGCCAGAGAUGGUAUCAGAAGGAAUUUGCUCAGGAAAUGGUCUUUAAUGUCACUACCAGCAGCCAGGCGCCCGAGGUGUGCUUGGACCUGCAUCCGGGGACCAACUACAGCAUCAGCGUCCUGGCUGCAUCUUCUCGACUUCCUGUGGCGGUCUCCCUGACAACCCCGAUCACAGGAUUUGAUCUCAAAGACAGAGUUUUUCUUUCUCGUGUGUACUCUGUAUCGAGGUCCCCGACAAAAGGAACGAAUCCAUCCACACAAGUGAGUGACCCGACACUUCUUUGUCCUUCUAGUUCCUAUCAGGUGAUCGUGCUUCCCCUGGCGCGGCAAAGCACAUUUCCGUGUGAUUCCAAAAGGGCUGCCUCGUUCUUCGGCAAUGCCACUGAGGCCGACGGAUACGUGGCUGCAGAACUCUUGCCCGGAGAUGUUGCCGGGGAGGCUGUGGACAUCGCCAUUGGAGACAGGCUCUACUAUGGGAAAUAUUAUAAUGCACCCCUGAAGAUGGGGCACGAUUACUGCAUUGUGCUCCGCAUCACAAGUGAAUGGAAUAAGAUGAGAAGAUAUUCCUGUGCAGUUUGGGCUCAGGUGAAAGAUGCGUCCCUCACGCUGCAGCAGAUGGUGGGUGUUGGACUGGGCUCCGUGGCUGCUGUGAUCAUUCUGGCAUCCCUGUCCUUCGCAGCAGCGUGAUGGCAGCUUGGUGCUGCGUGGGAAGAUGUCCUGCUGCUGCGACAGAUGUUCUGACAGCUUCUGGAUGCCUACACAGAGACCUUUGUGGCUUCCGUCCCAAACUGAGUCAGCCUGCAACUUUCUCCACUCCCAUCUUGGCCCCAUUCCUGGAUUCCACACGUGGCCACCUCUCUAGGCGCUCCUGAAAAGAGCAAACUGGGAGAUUGCCGAGGGCUCCCCUGUUGUGGGACUUGUUCUGUGUCUGAGACCUGGAGACCCUUGAGGUACAGUACGACACUGACCACAGUCUGCAGGUCCCGGAGGGCUGUGCUGUGUUCCUGAGUGAUGUCCGAGAGUCAGUUCCCCAAUCACUGAACGCAAGGGAGUCUCUGUGUCUUCCCUGCACGACUCCAGAUCCCGUUGGAUCAUAACGUGCUGUGAGGUGGACGUCGGCCUGGGUGGGAACUUCACUCUGUGAAGAAGGGCACCUGAGAAAAGACAGAGAACUCUGACAAGAGCAAGCAUUUCAAGUACCUUAGACGUCGCCGUUCCCUUCCGAUUAAUUGACGUAGUACAUAGACAAGUGCAUCCGCCUGGCUAUGGCAAUAAAGUCUCUGUAAUCUGUCA